UAUCGUCGAGUCGAGUAGGUUGGUUGAUUUUAUGUUCGCUAGUGUUCGAGCUGGCUAUAUUAUGCGGCUGACAUCUCUGCCCGCGCGCUGCUUUCGAUUCAACUUGAACGAGUACAGGAAAAUUUCCAGCAACGGGACAAGAUUGUUUUUCUAAACUCACACUGAUGCUGUGUUUUAAAGAUUUUGUGAAGGCAGCGAGACAAUUUGACUUGAAAUGACAGUUAAAUGUUGCAGUUAUCGGACGUAACCGUGAGUGAAGCCAUUCGAUUUUCGUUUGAUCAGUUUUCUGAUGUUGACUUCAUGUCCAUGACAUUUUUGAAAAUGUGGAGUUAUGGAUAGACUGUUGGUGUUUUAGAAACAAAUAGUAUGCCUAUAGACACAACUGGAAUGAGAGCGACAACCAUCCGAGCUCUUCCACCUCCAGAUGCCCAAACCGGCACACAAGCCAUAACCUUGAACCAGGUGCGACCGGGCCCCAGGCCCCAAAAUGAAUAUGUGGACAGUCCUGGGCCCCACAAGUUACAUCCGUUAAAAAGUGUGACCCCUGCGAUUCAUCAUCAACAUGUGACGCAGCCACCUCGGAUAUGUUUACCGACGACCGUUCGGAAUAGCCGAUCAACACUUUCGAAUCCUAAUACUAAUAUUAUUUCGAAUCAGCCGACGUCGGUGUCGCCCCCACUAAAGAAGGAUAAUGGUGAUAAUGACGAUGGACACGCAGAGUCGAUUAUUUGUAAAAACUGUGGGUUAUGUCGCUGUGCUGCGUGCACGGAGCCACGGGAGCUACCAUCACGCUGGUGCUGUGGAGAUAAAUGUGAAUUGUCCGCAGAAAAGGCCCUAGAAUACUCGACGUGUUUUUGCUUAGUGAAGGGAGCGUUUUAUCAUUGCGGUGCAGGCGGACAGGACGAUAACUCUUGCUAUGAAGAUCCCUGUGCUUGCUGCUCGGGAUCACACUGUAUUCAAAGGUGGACCUGCAUCACGAUGAUGUCCGUUUGUUUCCCGUGUCUUUGCUGUUACUGGCCGGUACGGGAAUGCAUGAAAGCUUUCACCACAUGCUAUAACAAGUGUCGCAAAAAAGGGUGCCAAUGUGGUGGCUCUACGAAAAAGGGCAAAUGCUCAUCCAAACACUCUCAGACUCGCAGACUGCUUAUAGAGUCGGACAGUUCGAGUGCAUGAAAAAAAAAUGGCCAAAUUAACGGCAUUUACAGUCCACGUAAAGUGGAGUGAUCUUAAAGCGGGUGUAUACAUGUAUGUACAGUAAAAGAUUGUUGUGAAUAGGAUGAAAUUCUGACAGGUCUAUCAGUAUAUAUAUAUACAAAUGUCAGACAGUUAUUAUCUAUAUUUUGGAUUUGGAGCAACUAUGAUUUAGAUGUUUUAUUCAUGUGCUCUAUGUGCCAAUGGAAUUGUUAAGUUGCACGUUCUGGGCAUUAUUAAAUAACAAAUGAACUAAAUUGGAAAGGAGACCAGAUAUAUAUGUUAAAUUAUUUCUCAGUAUUCGUUUCAAAAUUUAUGAAAUUUAUUUCUUUUCUUUUUUUGUAUUUUGGAAUCCACCCCAUUCAACAGUUUUAUUUUGUAAACUAAAAAAAAUGGACCCAGUGGCUUUAAAGCACCGUGCAUAUGUACUUAACCAGUGAAAUAUAUAGAUGCUUGUAAAAAAAUUUUGUGUAAAAAUCAGGAAUCUUUCUACGAUGGAGUUUAUUCAAGGAAAAGUGUUUUCAAAACCAAGAUAACAGGAUUACUGAUAAAACAAAAUGAUGGUGUUGGUUUAUCUCCCCAAUAACCAAAAUUAUUGAAUGGAAUAUAUUAUUAUUAUGAUUACAGUAUAUCUUUUAUAGUGUCUGUUGUGUCCGUUUCCCUAGGAUUUAAAUGUAAAUGUUAAAAGAUUGGAGAUAUUUAAAUCUUUGUUAUUCUUAAAUUAUCAUCAUGGAGGAGGUAGGAUUCUUGUUACGAAAUUUUUAUCAUGUGUUCAGACAAUUUUGGAUGUGACAUAUAUAGGCCUGAUCUUGCGGGUAAGGUGUCUUCAGUUUUGUUGGGAGCUGAUGUUCAUUAAUGUCAGUAUAUUUAAUGUAAGUACAGUACUGUUCUCAUUGUCAAAUUAUUAUAAUGUAUUCCCCCCCCCCCCUUUCUUUUUUUUUAUCUAUAAAUCAUUUCUUAUUUGUGACUGUUUCUAAUCUAAUGAACCAAUCCCCCUCAUUUUGAACCUUGUCCAUACACCUUGCCAUCAAUGAAUAACAGUCACGAAUUUCAUCAUAAAAAGUUAAGUUUUUAGAAAUGUAUUUGUUGACAUCAUCAAAUUAUUUCAUUAUUAUUAUGGAUUUCUUACAGGAUAAUCCUAAUGGAAAAAUAAUAGACAAAGUUCUCUAGGUCUGAAUUUUCGAUAUAAAUUUUACACUUUAAUUUUAUACAUUUACUUUUGAUUGCCUGGAGCAAAAAUAGGGCCUACAUGUACAAACAUUUUGGAUAUUUUUUGUAAACAAAAAUUACAUAGAAUAUCCAGAAACAAGAUUUUUAAUUUUGAGAAAAAAAAAAUGGGAAUUGAUUUUUCCUUCAUACUUGUUCAUGUGAUUUAAAGUCUGUUUCAGAUAUCUGUACAUGUACAUUUUUGGAUUUAGUACAGUGCUUUGUCAUCAUUUUUCUUGUUUGCUUGAGAAAAAACAUAUAUUUAUUGUGCUAUAUUCUAUGUAAAGAUUUUAGGACUACUUUAUAUAAAAUAGGCUAUAUUUAUUGUGAAUUUUAACACUGCUGUUGAGACAGUAGACAGUUGUUAUGGUGACUGAUAUAGUUCACAAGGAGAAUGGGGGAGGAGGGGGGAGGGUAAUUUCAUUAUGAACAAUUUUCCCCACUCCCUGAUAAAUCUCCCCCUCAUCUGUGAAAAGGACAGUCAUUUAAAACCGUGGUGAUGUGAAAUGUACACGGUUUGGUGAGUGUAUCAGUACGAAGAAUAAUGUGUAUAUAUAUAUAGAAACAAUAGAUGCUGCACAGUCUAUGAAAGCAGUUGUAUAAAGUAUUGUUGCUGUUAUGAAA